GUCAUCUGGGUAGCGCGCUUCCUAGCUGCAUUUAUAUCUGUAUUACGGACCCUCCUCUUUCUGUCUGCCGUCCGGUUCCGGAACUUUUUUUUGUUCUUGUUCUACACAGAAAUACACCGCCACACCGAUUUCAAGAUGCCCCGUGGCCACAACGCGGCCUCCACCAUCGAGGCACGCCAGCGGCGCGAGGCCUACAUGGAGAAGUUCCACGCGGAGCAGGCGGUGCAGGACCGCCAGACGCACACGGUGAACUGGGAGCUGAAAGGCAAUGAGCGCUUUCAGCGGCAAGAGGUGCUGCAGUACAUGGACGAAAUACAAGCACAGCACAACGACGUCCUCGUGGCACGGCGGCGCCGCUUAGCGGAGCUGCUGAACAGCGAAAACGCUCUGCACACCUCCAUGAUGGCGAGUCUACCAGAGACGGACGCGCAGCGGCGGGAGCGUCUUAUUCGCAAAGCGCAGGAGCUGCGCGCGAAGCGGGAGGAGGCAAAGAAGGUGGACAACGGCGCCCGCCACGACCGUCUCUUCCGCGAGAAGAUCGACUGCCUCCGCCAGGCAGAGAGCCGACUGCGCGUGAUGCAGGUGGCGGAUGCCCGCUUCGAUCAGAUCGAGGCCGCCGCGACCCGCAAAAAAGCGGAGGACGAGGAGGACAAGUUUUUCUCUCAGCAGGCCGCCGAUGCGCAGCGGCUGGCGACGGAGCGGGUGCAGCGCGAUUUAGAGCUGCAGUACAACCGCACGGAGCGCAUGAAAGGCGACCUCGCUGCGCAGGUGGCCGGUAACCAACAGCGCAAAGCACAGGAGAAAGACGAGGCGCGCCGCGACGCCGAGGAAUUCUAUCGGCUGCUCCACGAGGAACAGGCAGCCGAGGCGCAGAAGAAGCUGGCGCGGCGGGAGAAGAACCGCACGAUUGUGCGGGAAAUGAUGGAGAUCAACGAUGAGCUCCAGAAGACCCGGCAGCAGGAGUACGAUGCACUGCGGAAGGAGGACAAGGAGCAGCUGGACGCCAUUCUUGCCUCCAUCAAAGCAGAUCAGGAGGCGGAGCGGAAGGAGAAGCAGCGGCGCAUGGCAGCGGAGCAGCUGCAGAUGCGCGACCUGCAGCACCAGAUGGCACAGCGCAAGGACAACUCUCACGCACUGGAUAAGAUGUGGGAGGAGGAGAACGAGAAGCAGUGGCGCAAGCGCGAAGCCCAGUGGGACGCCGACCAGGCGAAGCGCGACACCCUCCUUCGCAACAUCCUCAUCGCACGCCGGCAGCAGAUCUUGGACAAGCGCCAGCAGGCCGCGAAGGACGCGAUGCAGCGCAAGUUAGAGGACGAGGAGUUCCUGAAGUCGCUGGCAAACGAGCGCGACAUCGACGCAGAGGAGCGGGAGCGGCGGAUGCGUCUGCUGAAGGAGACACAGCAGUACUUGGAGAUGCAAAUACAGCGACGUGCCGCGGAGCGAGAGGCGGAUCUGCGGGGACGCCGUAGCGAGCUGACGGACCAGCAGGCCUUAGAGAAGCAGUACGAGGACCGAAUUGCGAAGGAGAUGGCGAAUUUAGAGGCUGCGAAGCCGUCGCGCUACAGCCAUGUGCCUCUGCUACCUUCGAAGAACCGUCUGCAUUAA